AUGACUCAAUCUCGCGGCAAGAGAAAGAAUUCCGAAGAGAUGACUGGAGUAGCUGGCAAAAGAGUUAAGAAGGGGAAUUCCCCAUCUCUCACCCCGGAAACAGAAACAGAAAGUGAGGACAACGAGGCAACCGAUGAGGACGAUGAGGACGACGAAGACGAAGAGGAACAGGAAGAAACCGACGAAGAGCAAAUUCUGUCCAGAGAGUUCUGUCCUUCUUGGUUUAUCCCAACUGAAUAUCGACAGUCCGUCAGCCUGAAACAGAUCUUUGCCUGUGGUUUCGAGAUACCCUCUCCACCCCCAGAAAUGCCGUCGUGGAUGGAACCAGUGCCAAGGACGGUGAAUAUUGGGUUGUCCCUGAAGCCACGAGUUCAUCGGGACAACAGUGGUGUUUACUACACUGGACCGGCCUAUGAUGCGGCUAUUCUUCGCGUGAAAUUUAGUCCUGCAUACUACAGGGUAACUGAUGUGAGCGGCGAAUCCCUGGACUGCAACGAAUACUUGGAAGAUCCGCUCUUUAAUUCCGAGUUGAAAAUUCUCCAACUUGUUGUGAAUAUCUUCGAGCAGCACCUAGGCGACCUCCAUCGUGAGCACAUGGCCAUGGGUGAAAAGAUGCGAGACUGGAGGUGCAAGAGGCGUGAGUGGGAGGUAGGGCUUGUGACUCAAUUCAAAGCCAAAGGAUUGGUGGACAUAUCCAACGGCGUGCUCACGGAGCUUAAUACCUGGCUGAGAAAAGAGAAUGCGGAUGAUAUUGGAGGUAAAGGGGAUAUUUGGGAUCACGGGGACGAGUUCUGCCCCGACAACUUACCUGUUUUGCCCCCUCAGCACAAGACAAAGAGAGGACCAGCCCAUUCUGCAGUUCCGAAACGCAUUGACGAAGUGAAAUCUGCCAUUACCGCGCUACAGAAGAAGAUCAAUUCUCUGCAGAAAGUGGAGAACCGUGAUCCUCUUUUGAUUAUAUUUGACGAUGAACAGCCAGCAAACAACACGAUUACGAUUCCUAUCCCAAGCUUAAAUGAUAGGGACAAGGAGAAAUUCUACAACUGGUGUAUGGAGAGACACGGCCACUGGGCAAAGAAAGGCGCUUUCCGAAAGGAAACCGCUCAGGAAAUGUACCAGUUGGCCGAGCUCGCACAACUAAGGUCAGAAGGUCUACGAAAGUUGCCGAAAGGGAACCUUGGCCUCAUUCCUGAACUUGUCGCAUAUGAUGAGUUUCUUGGGAUAUAUCCUUGGGGAUUGCCCGCUGCAAAACUAUAUGCCGCGCUGGAACAUGCAAAACUCGAACAAAAGUUUUACAAUUUGCAUGUUCGGGAUUAUCUCCUGGACCUUGAGGAGUGGUACUUUCGGCAAGCCGCACAUGAAAGGUCCAAGCUGCAGAGGGAGAUUUUGGAAGAGUGGCCUCUCGGUGAGAAGCUUGUUGGCAUGCUUAAAGCUCUACUAAAAAGAUCCACAAUCGUAAAACCCUAAGACUUGAG